AAAAAAAAAAAAAUCCGAGAGGAGCUAUUUGUGGAUCUAAGAUUGGAUUUAGGUUCUUAAUUUGUGCAACUGAUCUGAGAGGAGAGAUGGCGGAUGAUUUUCCAGAUUGGACAAUUGAGGAUGUAUCUCCAUAUAUGAAGUACGAGGCUGGAUCUGUGCCUGAGUAUGCGUUUAUUCCGUGUAUAAGACGCGGUGUGGAUGAAGAGCCUCAUCUCACGCCCGACGAAGAGUUGCGCCUCAUGACAAAACAAGUCGCGGAGACCCAGGGUUUUGACAUGGAUUUUAAGCAGUUCCGCUGCAUUUUUAAUUACCUACCCCUUGAUUUCAAUGACAACGAUUUCGUCAUGGAACCAGAAACCCCCAGAGAGUUAAUGGAUAGGCUGUCUCUUGGAGCCCUUGCAGGAUACAAUGAUGAACGGAAUACAAGAUAUGAGUUUGUCAAGGUUAUCAAAGCCAAUCUUUACACCACUGCUACUACUGCCGUAAUGUACUUCAUUACCUUUGAAGGUAAGGGUCCUUCCUAUGAUCAGCCAAGAGGAUUCCGAGCUAAAGUCUGCUAUUUUUAUCAUGAACCGCCCAAGUACAUCUCCUGCGAUCUGAUACCUGAGAAGAAAGUUCACUCCAUUGACGCUGCGGAGAAAGAAGAUGCCAAGAAACCAAGAUUGACAGAGGAGCUAUCUACGGUCUAGUACUCGAUGGUGGUGAGAUGCAUGCAAGCUUUCUUUCUGGUUAUAUUUUACCGACUCUAGUUAUAUAUGACGAGACUUCUGCUACUUUUUAUUAUUUGUCUUGUUUGUUUGGUGUUUCUAGACUGCUAAGUUCUGCUCUGCUUUGUUUGCUCAAACUUUAAACUAUGUUUCUUUUGCUGUGGUUUCACAAACAUUUUAAAAAAUGUUUCUCAACUGGUGGCUUUGUUGACUGUGAGAUGGGUUCACGA